UUUAAACGGGAUUGUUUGUUCAUCUGCUGACUCUUCACGCAAGUAACCACGGUGAGACUCCUUCGUCGGUAAGCAACCUGAUGCCGUCAUGCUAAUGAUCCUUGUAGGUCUUGGGGGCCAGAAUGGUGCCAUCUCAGUAGACAUGGAACACUUCCAGUAUGCCCACGUCGAUUCGGCAGGCUCGUCGUACAACGUUCGCGUAGGCGGCGGCACGAGGCUGGGUCGUAUUGACGAGUCCCUGCAAGCCCACCAACGCGCAGUGCCUCAUGGCAUGUGCCCCGGCAUUGGAAUCGGGGGCCACGCCACCGUGGGCGGUAUCGGACCAGCUUCUCGCAUGUGGGGGACGACCCUCGAUAGCGUCGAGGAAAUGGAAGUCGUCACGGCCAAUGGCACAAUCGUCCGCGCCAGCACUAAAGAGAACCCGGACUUGUUCUUCGUAUGUGAUCCCAGGCCUUGGAGGCAACUGAAGCCCAUGCUAACCCACGAUUAAAA